UGUUGCUUUUAUCACUCUCACCUGACACCGACAUCAUGACGGAGGAAGAUUUGAACUUCGACCCGACUCUGAAGAAGAAGAAGAAGAAAAAAAAAAUCUUGGCGUCGUUUGACGAUGAGGUCACCGAAUCAUCGACGGAUGCUCCCGAGCCCGUGAGCGCGGCAGCCAUUGACGAGAAUGAGGAAGAGGAUGAUCUGCCCAAGCCCACCAAGGUUGCAGUUGUGCACUCGGAGGACCUGGACAAGCCCGUCAGCGAAGAACUCGUCACCAUGCUGAUCAGCAAUGACAUCGACUACAGUGCAUUGAAGAAGCGCGCCAAGCGCUCCACCGAUGCGCUCGAAGAGCCUGAUUCUCUCGACUUUUCCAAGAAGAAGAAAAAGAAAAAGAAAACGGCCAAGGCUGUCGAUCAGGCACCGCUCGAGGGUGAUGCUGUUACAUCCACGGCUGAUGAUGGGGAUGAGGGCACAGUUCAUCCCUACAGCGUUCUUCUUGAUCGCGUCUUUGCCAUUAUCAAGGAAAAGAAUCCUGAGCUCAUCUCGGGUGAGAAGAAGAAGUUUACCAUGAAGCCGCCGCAAGUCGUGCGCCUUGGUGCUAAGAAGACUGGCUUUGUCAACAUUACCGACAUUUGCAAAUUGCUGCAUCGUCAACAGGACCAUAUGCUCGCCUUCUUGUUCGCGGAAUUGGGUACCAGCGGUUCCGUUGAUGCGAGCAACUGCCUCGUCAUCAAGGGCCGUUUCCAACAGAAGCAGAUUGAAAGCAUUCUCAGGAAGUACAUCCGUGAAUACGUCACGUGCCACACCUGCCGCUCUCCCAACACCAUCCUCGCCAAGUACAACCGUCUUUAUUUCUUGACUUGCGAGGCUUGUGGCUCUCGUCAAUCGGUUGCCAACAUCAACAGCGGUUUCCAGGCCGUGACUGGCCGCCGUGCUGCGCUGCGUGCCAAGGCACAGUAAACCGACCCGCGUGCUCGUUUCUCGUCCUUUGCCGUCCGCUUCUUUUCCCAAAAGGCCUAAAUUUGACCCAACAAACUUUC